GGUGCGGUCAUGGCAGGGAUGAACAGUUCCAACAUGAAGACCCUGGAGGACUUGACGCUGGACUCUGGUUAUGGGGCAGGGGACUCCUGCAAGUCCCUCAGCCUCUCCUCUUCCAAAUCCAAUUCGCAGGCGUUCAUCAGCGCUAUGCACCGGGGAAAUUGGUGGUACUACUCUGGAUCAAUGAACAGCAGAAACAAUAGCUGGGACACGGUAAACACAGUACUGCCGGAAGACCCCGAGGACAUUUUUGCCAAGUGUCCCCGGCUUCCAGAGCUGGAGGAGUUUCCCUGGACAGACGAGGACGUUGGAAAAAUCUUGCGUAAAGUCUUUGGCAAAGGGGCUGUAUUCUCCAAUGACGCCGUGCGAAGGCUCUCUAUUCUUUUACGAAGGGCACUGAUACGGAUUUCGAGGGAAGCUCAGCGGCUGAGCGUCAUGCAUUGCCGCUGUACUCGCUUUGAGGUGCAGAGUGCCAUCCGGCUGGUGCUGAGCUGGGCGCUCGCGGAGAGCUGCGUCUCCGCCACAGUAAAGGCUAUCUCCUUAUAUAGCAUGAGCGCAGGCGAGUGGAUGCUCAAAGGAAAAUCUUCUCGCUGCGGACUAACCUUCUCAGUGGGGCGCUUUUUCCGCUGGAUGGUGGACACGCGCAUAUCGGUGCGCAUUCACCAGUUUGCGGCUAUUUGCUUGACCGCUUGCAUGGAGUGCUUGGUGGAGGAAGUGGGCGCUCGGGUGCUGAUGGCGGAGCGACAGCAGGGCGCGGAUGGUGGCCUUCCCAGCACCACAGUGACAGCCGAAGUACUGGAAGGGGUCGUGAAUAAUGACGCUGAACUAUGGGGCGUCCUACAGCAGUACGAGCAUCUGAUCUGCGGAAAGAAUGCUAGCGGUGUCCUGUCCCUGCCAGCCCACUUCAGUCCCUACACGGAGGACCAGCAAUCAGCCAUGGAGAGCAGGGAGAACGCCUACGCCCAGCUGGAGCUCCGCACCCUUGAGCAGUCCCUCUUGGCCACAUGUGUGGGCAGCAUCUCUGAGCUCAGUGACCUGGUGUCACGAGCCAUGCACCACAUGCAGCGACUGAGCACUGUCUGCCCUGGGCUCAGCCCUGCCCGCCAUACCCACUGGCAGCCCGUGUUCUGGUCCCCUGAUGCCCUACACACCCUCUACUACUUCCUGUGCAGCCCACAGAUGGAGUCCAUGGAGAACCCCAACUUGGACCCACCGAGGAUGUCUCUCAGCAAGGAGAGACCAUUCCUGCUGCUCCCGCCACUGAUGGAGUGGAUGCGAAUCGCCAUUGUUCACGCCGAGCACCGCCGCAGCCUAUUGGUGGACAGCGAUGAUGUCAGGCAGACGGCCAGGCAACUCCUCCCAGGACUGGACUGUGAGCCCAGACAGCUAAAGCCAGAGUGCUGCUUCAGCUCAUUCCGGCGCCUAGAUGCCAAAGCUGCCACUGACAAGUUCCAGCUGGACCUAGGCUUCCGCAUGCUCAACUGCGGCAGGACGGACCUCAUCAGCCAGGCCAUUGAGCUGCUGGGGAAUGAGGGGGUGAACACCAUGGACGACCAGGGCAUGACACCUUUGAUGUAUGCAUCAUCGGCAGGAGAUGAGGCCUUGGUCCAGAUGCUGAUUGAUGCCGGAGCAAACCUUGAUGUGGCGGUUCCUGGCUACUCCCCCAAGCACCCCUCUGUCCACCCAGAUAGUCGGCACUGGGUAGCCCUGACAUUCGCAGUUCUGCAUGGACACAUUUCAGUGGUGCAGCUUCUCCUGGAUGCUGGGGCCAAUGUGGAGGGUGCCGCCAUCCGAAAUGGGCAGGAGAUCUCGGCCGACACCCCCCUGCAGCUGGCAUCAGCAGCAGGUAACUAUGAGAUGGUGAGCUUGCUACUGGCCCAUGGGGCAGACCCCCUGCUGAGGGCGAAUGAUGGGAACGGGCUGACUUCAUCGCUUUACGAGGACAUGAACUGCUUCAGUCACGCUGCAGCACAUGGACACAGGAAUGUCCUGAGGAAGCUGCUGACCCAGCCACAACAGGUGAAGGAGGACAUCCUCUCCCUGGAGGAGAUCCUGGCUGAAGGGGUGGAGGGGGAGGGGGAGAUGGGGGGUAGAGAAGAAAAGAAGCUCUGCCCUCCCCCCAGCCCUGGCUACAUCACUGACGAGGGGGUCCCCAGACUGUGCAAGGCGCAGAUGAAGGCCCUGCAGGAGGCCACCUACUACAGCUCUGAGCAUGGCUACCUGGAUGUCACCAUGGAGCUGAGGUCACUGGGCGUUCCCUGGAAGCUCCACGUGUGGCUGGAGUCCCUGCGCAGUGCCUUGCAGCAGUGCCGCACAGGCGUUACCCUGGUCCUCCUGAAGGAGUUCACCACCAUCCGGGAGGAGGACUACAAUGAGGACCUGGUCUGCCUUGGCCUACCUCUCAUGUUCACAGUCCUCAGGACCAGCAAGAAUGAUGCUAUAAACCAGCAGCUGGCCUCUGUUUUCAGCCAUUGCUAUGGGUCUGCCCCCCUGCCCACCAUCUCAGAGUUGAAGCCCAAUUUCUCAGCACAGCUAGACCCUCAGUUCCUAAACAACAAGGAGAUGUCGGAUGUGACCUUCCAAGUGGAAGGGAAGCCUUUCUAUGCCCAUCGUGUCCUGCUAAUCACAGCGUCUGAGAAGUUCAAGUCUCUACUGGGGACAUGUGGCCCAGACGGCCACCAGGACCGUAAGAACAUUGAGAUCAGAGACAUCAAGUAUAGCAUUUUCCAGAUGAUGAUGUCAUACUUGUAUUGUGGGGGGGCAGAGUCCAUGAAGGUUGCAGUGCCUGAUGUGUUGGAGCUUCUAUCAGCAGCCAGCUUAUUCCAGCUGGGGGCACUACAGAGACACUGUGAAAUCAUUUGUACACAGAGUAUUGACCUGGAAAAUGCUGUCAGCAUCUACCAGACUGCCAAGACCCACAAUGCCACGGAGCUGAGCACAUUCUGUGAAGGGUACUUCCUACAGCACAUGCCUGAGCUGCUGGAGAAGGAGGUCUUUCGCACUGUGGUGCUGGGGGUCGGGGGCCGCACAGGGCCAGGAUGGGACUCCCCGCUGGAGCAGCUGGAAGCAACAUUGGCAUGCAGGCUGCGCUCGCUAUAUGUUGCCUCCCGGGUGUGAGGAUGCUGGGGCCUUGCGGACAAGUAAGGGAGAAA